UGCAUUAUUUAUUUUUUAUUUUUUAGAUAUGAUAAUUGUAACAGAUGGUAUUGUUGGAAAUACUGAUGUUCAUGUCUUAGAUUCUGUUAUACAACAAUUACGUGCAACAACAAUCGCAUGCAGUUUUCUACAUGUUGGAAGUACAUAUCAUCCACAUUGUGCUGAUGGCUUAAUCCCAUAUCAAGAUUUAUUACAUUUCAUUGCAAAAGCUACUUUGGGUACUUAUAUGUCUUUUAUUCCGUAUUCUGUACAUAUGAAUGGAACAGAAAUGAAUAUUUAUCAUAAAAACUUCUUAUGUUGGCAAUUAUAUCGUAAAGAUUGUUGUAAUCUUAUUGUACCAGAUUAUUCAAAUUGGCAUUCUACAAAUUUAUUAUUUUAUGAACAAAAAUCAACACAACUUUUACAAAAAAAACAAAUUGAAGAUAAAGUUACUUGUACAUUAAGCAGUCUAUUAUGUUGUCGACUUCGAGAAGGAUAUUUGAUAAAACGUGCUAAUGUGAGAGAUGAAAUACUUGAAAUUUGUUUUGUAUUAUUAUGGAAAUCCAGUGUUUUACUGGAAUACAUAGUAACAUGUCCUUGGUUAACAAAAUCAUUAUCUGCAUCUAAUACAAUACAAUAUACAAUUUCAAUAGAAGCUCCUUAUGAAUUCUUACAUGAUAUCACAUGUUUAUCGAAAAAACCGUUAAAAUCGCAAUAUCGACAAGGCGUUGUUAAUCGGUUUUGGGCAACUUUAACAUCUCUAACAGAAGGUGACAGUAUGCUUGCACACUUUAGCUGGUUUCCAGAAUUUGGAUGGACGUGGUAUAGUGUACCAGAUACUAUUAGAAGCGGCAUGCCAGUUUUUUAUCUAUCAGCUUAUCCUUCACCUAGUACAGUGCAACUUAGUGAUGCUGCGUGUCCACAAUUUGGACAAAUUUGGCAACCUGUAGUGUCUUUGAAUCCUUUACAAUGGGCUCGAUGGAUGCAUACACAAAGAGUAACAUUGAUUUUAUCACAUGAUAGACCACUGCCAAGACAUUUACAUCAAGCAAAUCAAAGUGGUCGUUUUCAAUGUGUUCAAAGUCGUCAAGCCGCUGCUGUUCUUUAUGCUAUGUUAAAAAAUUGGGCAACUUUCGUUCUUGUUGAAAAUCAUACAUACGUACAAUUUAUUUAUCGAGAAGCUGAUAAACCUCCAGUUUCGUUCUCAUUAAUUCGUAUUAAUUGCAAAGCACUUUGUGUAAUUCUUAACAUUGCAUUUGCAGCUGGAACAGAAGGAGUUGUUCGACACAAUGUUGUUGUUGAUCUUUUAGAUAGAUUAUCUAAACUUACUUUACCAAAUAGACCUACAGAACAAAAAGAAACACCAUCUUGUACUAUAAUUCAUAAGUCUUUAGAAAAAAUUUUAAUUAGAUAUGAACGAAUGCCAACGGAUUUGAAUUCAAUUAUAUUUCCCGAUGGGAUUCAAACUAUAUCGAAUAGACUUACGCCAAUGUUAGGUGGUAUUUUGACAACUAGUUUGUCUAGAUAUUUGUACCAUAAUCGGUGGAUUUGGCAUGUAAAACGACCUUUCGUACAAACUAUUCCUGGAAUUAUAUUACCGAGAUUAAAUAUAACUGCAAUCGCAAGAAUUCUUUCUACAAUUACAAAAAUACGUUUAGCUGAGGGCUUCAAUUUCACAUAUUCAGCAGCAGGUAUUAUAAAUAUGGUUCUUGAAGUACAAAUGCAAGGAGUUGGUGAAAAUGAUACAUCAUAUCCGUGUAUCAUUCAAUAUAUUUUGUUUCCGCCACAUAUUGCGUCCAAUACGACAUUAGAACGUGAUAGUACAUCAGAAGAAGAUACUGAUGAAGGUACUGCAGAUGGCGAAGUAAGUGUAGAAGAUGUUGAAGGUUCUGGUGAUUUUCAAAUUAUUUCUGAAAUUUGGAUUGAACCUCAAUGUGGUUAUUCUCAACUACCUGCACAAUCUACAGCAAUGUAUUUGCAUCAUUUGCAAUAUUAUGAGAUUCCAGAUGCAGUAAGUAUAUACAUUUUGCAUUUAAUUUUUUUAUUGUUCAAUUAAAAUCAAUUGAAUUUG